AUGGUCAAGAGAGCCCACGAGACUGGCGCCAGCCCUCACGUGCCCAUCUCUCCUGAUGAGGCCACGGUGAGCCCUGGAGCUGCUCAUUGGGCCCCUCAUCUCUGUUCCCCACAGGGCACGGAGCGUAUUGACGAGCCCGGCCUGCGGAGUCUGCGCACUGCACGGUACCUGCAGCCAGGCAUGGUGCUCACCGUGGAGCCGGGCAUCUACUUCAUCGACCACCUCCUGGACGAGGCCCUGGUGGACCCGGCCCGUGCCUGCUUCUUUAACCGCGAGGUCCUGCAGCGCUUUCGCGGUUUUGGUGGGGUCCGCAUCGAGGAGGACGUCGUGGUGACUGACAGCGGCAUGGAGCUGCUGACCUGCGUGCCCCGCACCGUGGAAGAGAUUGAAGCAUGCAUGGCAGGCUGUGACAAGGCCUUUUCCCCCUUCUCCGGCCCCAAGUAGAGCCAGCCAGAAAUCCCAGCACACCCGGGGACCUGGCCUUGCAACCUCUUUUCGCGAUGGGCAGCCUGCUGGUCAGCACUCCAGUAGCGAGAGACGGCACCCAGAAUCAGAUCCCAGCUUCGGCAUUUGAGCAGACCAAACAGCGCUGUUUCCUGGGGAGGAAACACUUUUUUAAUUACCCUUUUGCAAGCUCACACCUUUAAUCUGUUUUAUACCUUGCUUAUUAAAUGAGCGAUUUAAAAUGAUUGAAAACAAUGCUGUUCUUUAGUAGCAACUAAAAUGUGUCUUGCUGUCAUUUUGUAUUCCUUUUCCCAGGAAAGAAGCAUUUCUGAUACUUUCUCUCAAAAAUCAAUAUGCAGAAUGACAGUUGCAAUAAAAGAUUUCCUAAAAUGGUC